AUGGAUGUGAGGGUUGCCCACUGCCUGCUCCUCUGGGCCCUGCACUUCCUCCCAGCCUCACCACACACCACACUCAGGGUUCUCAGUAAGGAAUCAAAGACCAGUAAUCAGCAAGAUGUCUGUGUGAAUCUCAUUCCCUGCAAAGACAAUGGAGCUAUUUGUAUUCAGCAGUGUUCUCCCUCCUUCCAUGGGGAGACAAGCUUUGUCUGUGAAGACAGAAAGUGGCAAAUGGUCACAGAUGCCUGUGCAAGCCUGGAUGUUCAGUCCCUUUUUCAGAGGAUUUCUCAAUGUGAACUCCUUCCAAGCUCUGGAGGACAUGUUGCUGGAGGACGCCUUCAUUUUCUAGGGGAGGGAAAGCCAGUGCAUGGGAGGCCUGGAAAAGGAGGAAAAUAUUUAGGUGCUGAUGAGGAUGGGAAGAAUAACUGCCAAGCUGAUUUUUCAUGCAUCAUCCCAGAGAUUCUGUCUUCACCAGCCAUUCCAGGAAACAUUGCUGAUAUAGUGGAAUUGCUAAAGAAGAUUUCUCUGCUAUUAUCAGAGAAUGUCAGCAGAGGGAAAAUGCAGAGUUACAUCAGGAUAGCAAACCAUAUUCUGAACAGCUCUGUCAUUUCCAGCUGGGCUUUUGUAAAGGACAGAAAUGCAAGUGCAGUAUUACUGGACUCAGUGAAUUUAUUUGCUGGGAAACUUCUUCUGAGGAACGGGUCGGAAAGUAUACAGGAGCACUUCAUCUCUACCAAAGGCUACAGCAUACAUAAAAAUACUUCAGGGAAGAGCUUUGAUUUUUCAAUGGAGUUCAAUAACACCGGCAAUAUCACUGGGCACGUGGUCAUUCCAGAAGAAGAGCUGUUGAAGUUACCCAAAGCUUCCAAAGCCAUCAGCAUCGCGUUCCCAACGCUUGGAGCCAUUCUAGAAACCAACCGGCUGCGCCCGGGCUGCGUGAAUGGAAUGGUCUUGUCGGUGUCUCUGCCAGAAGAGCUCAGGCACGUUUGGCUCACCUUUGAAAAGAUCCACAAAGGGGACAACGUCCAGGCUCAGUGUGUUGGGUGGCACUCUACUGAAAGGCGAUGGGACGACAGGGCCUGCAAAACUCAGUCUGCCGACUGGAGCAGCGUCGUUUGCCUCUGCGGGCACCGCCGGAGGACGUUCAAGUCCUUCUCCAUCCUCAUGUCCCCCGGCGCGCCGCGAGGCGCCGCGCCGGCUUACGUCACGCGCGUGGGGCUGGGCCUGUCCCUGCUCAGCCUCCUGCUCUGCCUCCUCAUCGAGGCUCUGGUCUGGCACCACGUCACCAAAACCGAAAUCACCUACAUGCGCCAUUUCUGCUUGGUCAACAUCGCGGCGGCGCUCCUCCUGGCCGAUGUUCUGUUCAUCUUGGCAGCUGUCGUGCACGACACAGCCCUCAACUACCAGCUGUGUGUGGCAGCUGCUUUUUUCCUUCACUUUUUCUAUCUUGCCUUGUUUUUUUGGAUGUUCACCCUGGGCCUCUUGAUUCUUUAUGGGUUGUUAUUGAUUUUUUUUAAGAUAACGAGGUCUGUGUUCAUAGCUACAGCAUUCUCCAUUGGAUACGGAUGUCCCUUGGUCAUAUCUAUCCUCACUGUCGCCAUUACUGAACCAAAAAAUGGAUAUUUAAGGAGUGGGGCCUGCUGGCUCAAUUGGUAUGAGACAAAAGCCCUUUUGGCCUUUGUCGUGCCCGCUCUGAGCAUCAUUGUCGUGAAUGUGGUGGUGGUGAUCGUGGUCGUGGUGAAGACUGGGAGAUCCUCCACUGGGGAAGGCUGCAAGUCACAAGAUUUGAGCAACGUGAUCCGAAUCAGCAAAAACGUGGCACUUCUGACACCUCUUCUGGGUCUCACCUGGGGGUUUGGAUUAGCAACGGUUGUUGACAGUCACUCUCUGGCCUUCCACGUUACCUUUGCGCUACUGAACGCCUUCCAGGGAUUCUUCAUCCUGUUGUUUGGGACACUUCUGGACAGAAAGACAAGAGAAGCCUUAAGGAUGAACUACCUGUCAUCAAAGCAGAAGUGUAGUCUAGCAAAG